CGCCGCCCCCGCCUGGGCCUACGAAGCCCGGGUCCCGACCGCCGCCUCCAGCCCCGGUUGCAGCGGAAGCAGCCCCAGCCUCAAGGCCAGCUAUGAAGAUGGACAUCCCUCACAGUCUGAAUCAGACAUCCUUCAGAGACAGACAUUUGCAGCCUCUCAUCAGCUUCCUGGUUACGCUCCCACGCCUCAAGCAACUGGCAUGCAUUCCUCAGCAGCAACUGAGCUGUUUGUUACAGGACCCUUGCCAACCUCUGGAACACUUCCACCACCUGUGCUAUCCGCUUAUCAGCAUCCUGCGACUUUUAGCAAUAGAAACUUUGCGACCACCUCACCUUUGGUGCUUCAGGAUUCAUCUUUUAACACUACAUCAAAUGGAAUUUUAAACCCUCAUGAUCCUUUGCUACAAAUUAAGACUUCCCAGGGAACUGUUCCAACCGCUUUGGCAUUUGAGCGCCUGGGCAGUUCUGCAUUAAGUAAUAGCAUACCACCUCAGUCUUCAACAUAUCGCUCAGCUCAAGAGUCAGCACCACAUCUCUUACAACCUCAAUUUAGUUUGUUGCCUUCAACACUUGGGGGAGCCCAGCAAACCCCUCAAGGCUACAGUUCAACUCUUUUUACUAGUUCUGCUGCUUCCAUUGAAAGAGCCCUUCUUCGAGAAUGUAGUGUUAUUAAACACCACCAGCGGCCUUCAGAUACCCAGUCUAUUCAGGCACAACUGACUGGUUCACAGCUUCCCUUACAUAGUUAUCUAUCAAGUGCAAGUAUUGGUAAUUUUCAGGAAACAUCCAGGCAGUCAUCUUUAUCCUGUAGCUCAAUUCGAGAUUCUACUCAGGUGAGCAAUGGAGCAUUGCAACAGAAGAGCCCUCAGGUCUCAGCACAUGCUCAGUCUUACUCAUCUGUAAUCCCAUCAUCAGGGUAUCUUCCUUCUGUUACAAAAGUAGACGCCUGUUCUACAAAACAACCACUAACAUCAAGUGUGAUUCCUCCUGUACAAACACUAAACUAUUCUAAACCUUUACAUAACCAGAGUUCUGUAAUAUCAGGUCAAGCACAAAUUUAUUCUACAGCACAACUACCUAGUCUUUUAUCAGUCAGUCAGUCCCAAAAUUAUGGUUUAGUACAGCCACAUAAUGUGCCAUCUAUUGUUCAUUCACAGGUUUAUAGGUCCAGCAGGGUUGAGAAAUUGCCAUCCUUAUACAAAACAUUGGCCUUUUCUGGGUCAUCUCAGCCUGUAACCUCUGAAAAUCAGACACUUAGUUAUUCAUCCAAUCAGCAAGAAGUAUUAUCUUUGGUUACAAAUGAGAAUUACCCUGCUCAAACAAGAGACCUGGCAUCAGUCAGUCAGCCUCAAAAUUAUUCAUCUGGUCACUCUCAGGGUUUAUCACCAGUUAGCCAAACACAGGUCAGUUAUUCAUCUCAAUCACAAGUUUUAUCAGUUGUUAGCCCUUCAGAAAGUUAUGCGUCAGUACAGUCUCUGACAUUAACAGCCCCUUCUCUUUCUUAUUCUAAUGCUUCCCGGGGUCAGAGCUUGCCAGAUUCUAGCCCAACACCAAAUUAUAUUUCUAUGCAUUCAUCCCCAAACACUCAUACCCAAGGAUCUUCACCGCCUCAGCCCCAAAAGUUUUUGCCUGCUGUGCAGUCAUCUUUUGCAUCCUCUACUCGUGGUCAGGCAAUGCAGAAUAGCAUACCUUCCCCUGACUCAAAGACUUAUGCUGAGAGAAAACUUGACUCAAAUGUAUAUACAUCUUCAGAGCAAAAUGAUGAUUUUCCAAUGCAAAAGUUACAGGCAUUGCAGUCACAGGCAUCUCUUGAGUCAUCAAGCCAAAGGCUGCCUGAUGGAGACGUGAAUGCUCAAGAGUCAGUUUAUAAGACGUCCAAGUCAGAUGACCAAUAUUCUCAGAGUAUAACCAGAAACAACUCCCACCUUGAAGACCAAGUUGUUGGAGUUGCUCUCCAGGGUUCAAAACAAGAAGAAAACAUGGUUGGUUCAGUGACACAACUUAACCAUCAAAGUGGCCAGCCCAAUAAUGCAGUAAACACUGAUCUUAAGAAGGCAACGAAUUUAAUGCCAGCGCCACAGAUAAGGUUGAAUACAAAAGACCUCAACCAGCAGCAUUCUCUCAUACAUAAGAUGCAUGAAGCCAAGGUUCAGGAACAGCAUGAUCAGAUAAUUAGUGCCUCAUCUCAGAUACAGAUUUCAAAUCAUGCUUUGGGGCAUAGUCAUCAGACUCUUCCUAAUACACCAGUCCUUUUAGAUUCUGCCUGUGACUUACAGAUUCUUCAGCAGGCUGGGAUUCUACAGGCAAGCCUAGGACAAGCAAAGGCAUCUUUACAAGUACAGCGUGUUCAGAGCCCCCAACAGGUAGUCCACUCUUUUCUUCAGAUGGAUGGUCACAUCAUUCAGAGCAAUGGUGAGCAUCCACAGCAGCAGCUCCAUCCUCAAAAUUCUGAGAUUAUGAAACUAGACCUCCCUGAACCUUCAAAACCUUUGCAGCAGCUAACAACGAAGGGCCCUUUCAGUGAAGCCAAUCAACAUGAUUCAAAGAAUCAGUUUGUUUCUCUUGGAUCAAUGUGCUUCCCAGAGGCAAUGCUUCUCAGUGAUGAAAGGAAUAUUUUAUCAAAUGUAGAUGACAUCUUGGCAGCUACAGCAGCGGCUUGUGGGGUUACACCUUCUGACUUUUCCAAGUCCACUUCAAAUGAAACCAUGCAGGCUGUUGAAGGUGGUGAUUCUAAAUCUCAUUUUCAGCAGUCAUUAGAUGUCAGGCAUGUGAAUUCAGAUUUUAACUCCAUAACAGCUACAGUAGGAAAGCCACAGAAUAUUAAUGACAUUCCCCUAAGCGGAAGUCAGGUUACUGUAAACCUUUCAUCAGUACCCACCCUUCAGUCAAAAACAGUCCUUGAUCAACAGCACAUGGAGACACCUAGUCAAAAUACACCCACAAAAGCAUCUUCAGCCAUGGUUGGACCAGGUCAUGAAGUGCAGGAGCAAAGUGCUGACUCAUUUAAGAAACAGCUGGCUAUGAAUCAUGAAUCGAAAGAGGAUAGUGAAAUUGCUGUUGAAAGUGCAUUGAGUAAUAACAGAAAUCAAGAGUUUGUUUCUGCUAGCCAGAGCAUAAGUGGAGAGAGUGUAGCAUCAGAGAGCGACUUUACCCUAGUAGCUGACGACAGCAGUAUGUCAGUGAACCAUCGAAGGAGCACACUUGCACUGCUUGCCAUGGCCCAGCCUGGGGAUGCAGCUAGUGGCAAGACUGAAGAUGAAAAGCAAGAUGUAGCAUACUUGAACCUUCCAAAGAAAAAAACUAAAGGAAAAGGACAAGGUAAAGAGGAAGAGGACAGUAGUCAGAAGCCACCGAAAAAGUCUGCUCAAAGCAAGCGCCAGAACCCCAGGGGUGCAGACAUGUAUUUACCAUACGCUCCCUCUUCCUCAGAAAACUGUGAUGAAGGUUACCAGCAUCAAGAAAAAAUGAGGCAGAAGAUCAAAGAAGUAGAGGAAAAGCAGCCAGAAGUCAAAACAGGAUUUAUUGCUUCUUUCUUAGACUUCCUGAAGUGUGGGCCCAAACAACAGUUUUCCACCCUUGCUGUUCGAAUGCCUAGUAGGACCAGACGAUCAGGAACCCAAGUUACUCAUCCUUUCUGUGCCCCACCACUUGCAAAGAUGUCACCUGCAACACCUGUGCCAUUAGCAUUUGAGACUGGAGGGAUCAGUCCAUCAGAGAAAGUUGACAGUGAACUUAAAAAUUUAGAACCUUUAUCUUCCUUUUCUUCUGAUGAGGAAGAUCCUGGCACGUGUGGCCAUGAUAUCUAUAAGAAAAUCUCUGCGUUGGAUACUACUUCUGAUAAAACAAAGAAAACAGUUUCAGAAGCUCUACCUGUGACAACUGGUAUAUCUGCUGAGACUGCUGGUGCUGCUCCCACUUCCUCCACUGCUGGUGCAAAACAAGACCUUCAUUUGACUUUAUCCGCUGUAAAUGCCCUGGAAAAUGGAAACUCCACAGAGCCCCCCAAAGCCAUAGAACUCGAUAGUCUUCCUUCGGACCAGUUUGCGAAAGGACAGGACACAGUUGCAAUAGAAGGUUUUACAGAUGAGGAAGAUACAGAAAGCGGAGGAGAAGGCCAAUACAGAGAACGUGAUGAAUUUGUGAUAAAGAUAGAAGAUAUAGAGACAUUUAAGGAAGCUUUAAAUAUAGGAAAAGAGCCCCCAGCUAUUUGGAAAGUACAGAAAGCUUUGUUACAGAAAUUUGUUCCUGAAAUUCGAGAUGGGCAAAGAGAGUUUGCAGCUACAAAUAGUUAUCUUGGAUAUUUUGGAGAUGCGAAAACUAAAUACAAAAGGAUAUAUGUGAAGGUCAUUGAAAAUGCAAACAAAAAGGAGUAUGUUAGAGUGUGUUCCAAAAAGCCAAGAAACAAGCCUUCACAAGCUAUCAGAAAUGUUCCAUCUAAGCCAAGUAGUAGCAGUAAAACUUCUGACCCACCAGUAUCAAAAACUCCAACUACAAAAGUCCCUUCUACAAAACCCAAAGCUAAACAACUCAAAAUGAAGGCUGAGCCACCACCAAAGAAACGGAAGAAAUGGAAAGAAGAAUUUUCAUCAUCACAAUCUGAAUCAUCUCCUGAGGUCCGUUCUAGCAGUAGUGAGAAUGAGGAAUUUGGUCCUCCAGCUCCCUUUGCCACUCGUUUUCUAAACACAAGAGCAAUGAAGGAAACUUUCAAGAGCUACAUGGAGCUGCUUGUUAGCAUUGCUCUGGAUCCAGACACGAUGCAAGCCCUAGAGAAGAGCAAUGAUGAGCUACUUUUACCACAUAUGAAAAAAAUAGAUGGCAUGCUGAACGAUAAUCGCAAAAGACUCCUCGUAAAUCUUCAUUUGGAUCAGCCAUUCAAGAAUGCAUUGGAAAGUUUUCCUGAACUAACAAUUAUUACUCGAGACUCUAAAGCAAAAAGUGGAGGAUCUGCUAUUUCUAAAAUAAAAAUGAAUGGCAAAACUUAUAAUAAGAAAACUCUAAGGACUUCUAAAGCAACCACUAAGUCUGCACAGGAGUUUGCUGUUGAUCCAGAGAAAAUACAAUUAUAUUCAUUAUAUCAUUCACUCCAUCAUUAUAAAUACCAUGUUUAUCUAAUAUGUAAGAAUGAGAUAUCGUCUGUUCAGAAAAAAAAUGAAGACUUAGGACAGGAAGAGAUUGUUCAACUUUGUAUGAAAAAUGUAAAGUGGGUGGAGGACCUAUUUGAAAAAUUUGGAGAACUUCUAAAUCAUGUGCAACAGAAAUGUUCCUAACACUUCCACAACAUCCCACCAUUUUUAUAGCACUAAUGAACUGUCACAGUGUCACAGAUAAUCACAUCUCCAGCAGUGGUGUCUUGCAGACAUACCCAAUACCAUGGGGGAACUUUAAUCAGGACAUUGCUGAGGACAGUGGUGCUGCCACGGAAGCCAGUCAUUUUAUCCUAAAUGAAUGAUUUUUCUAUAUUUUCAACUGUGGGGUGACUGAGUUUUCAUUUUCAGAAAUGUCUUUUGACAAAAUGAUAAAGCAUGCACUAAGUAUACUUUUAUUGCUAGAGAAAUGACAUUAAAGUGACCUGACUCCCCAUGACUGGUGUCAAGAUGAAAGAGGUGGCAGAUAUCAUUCGUGACUGGCCACGGUGUGGAAAGUAUUGUACAUUUUGUAAACGGAUCUGGUAUGGUGUGACAUUCUAUAUGGGAAUGUCUUGGGUUUAAAACAUGAAACUGAGAAGCUGCGCUCUGCUCUAUCGAGUCCUUUACCAUGUCCAGGAAACUGGGUAUGGAACUGUGCAAUCCUGUGACUGCUUUUUGUGUCAAGCUCAAUUGUAAUGAUGGAAAAAAAAAGUGACGUACUAUUUUCCCUGUUUUAAAGAAAAGUAUUUUUGUUUAUAGUAUGUUUUUUUUCCUUUGGAAAAUUUUUAAUUGUACAUUUUAUUUUACUAAUAGUUGUAUUUUUCACAGAGAAAAUGCGGUUUUAAUUUUUCUAUCCAUACUUCAUUGUUUUCAGUAUACCCUGUGUUGGUACAUGUCAUUUCCAUUGUAGAUUCUGUCUUGAGGUAGCCAUUUUUGUUUUGCCUUAGUGUUAACUUGGAAUAUUCAUUCGGUGCUAGAAUUAGUUUAGCUUUAUAAAUGGGACUGUGUGAAACACUGCACUAAUUUCAUAUUUCGUAAAAUAAAUUUCUUACCAAACUAGCACUUGAUUUAUACUGAUUUGUCAAAGUAAAAAUCAGCUACUGCCGGGUGUAGUAGUGCACAUCUUUCAUACCAGCACUUGGGAGGCAGAAGCAAGGCAGGUGGCUCUCUGUGAACUCGAGGCCAGCCUGUUCUACAUUGUAUGCUCCUAGAAGGCCAGAGCUACAAACUAAGACCUUGUUCUGAAAAAACACAAACAAAAACUUAACUACUGAUAAUUUCGGUGCCCAAUUGGGUAAAGGCACUUGCUGCCAAGCCUAACGAACAGUUUGAUUCCCAAGACCCAUACUGUGGAAGAAGAGAACCAACUUCUGCAAGUCCUGUCCCCAUGCACGCACAUACAUACACAAAUUGAUUAAUAAGACAGUAUGCAGUGUUACACACAGCUUUCCUAGCUCUCAGAACUGGAAGUGGAAUUCUCCUUUGGUGCCUUUAAUCCUUCCACACCCUAGUGCAGCUUUCUUAAGUUUGAUGGCAUUUCAAGUGGUUUAGCUGAGACAGUGAAUGUAUUAGGUUCAUCAUGACCUUUUGUUUCUUUUUGUUGCCAACAAGAUGCCUUGUUUGUGAAGAAAAUUCAAUAGUGUCAUUCUAAACAAUCCCAGGAUUCUAAAAAAGUAACUCAUCAUACCUGUGUAGUUCACCACCAUUUAGUGCCUUACUCCCUAUCUAAAAAGCAGUGUUACUGUUCAGUGCCCAGAUAAGACACACUUACGUGGAUAAGCCUGCUGUCUUGGUUUUGAGCAGGCAGUAAACUGACAAGAAUUGAAUCUAACAUGCCACUUCAUUUAAGAAUAAAGCACUGUUACAUUGGGUGAAAAUGAGCAUCUGAGUUACGCUAACGUAUUUACUUCUGGUGAUUAUCCUAUUAAAAGCAAUAUCCUUAACAUUUGUACCUGAUAUUAGACUCAGUAAUACCAAGUAAUGGAAGUUACUCUCCGGGGUCAAAUGUACCACUUCUGAAAGUUUAAAAAUGUUUAUUUGACAACAAAAGCAACCUAUCAGACUUAUUUUAUGUAGCUCAUAUGGGAGAUACCCGUGACAGGAAAAUCAUGAGAUUUGUUUUACAAGCAGAGGAGAGCAGGAAACAGCCAUAUUCCAUUCUGAUAUUGACCCUGGGCACAGUAGGUAUGUUUCCAACAUAGCAUUGGCAUGCCUAUAUAACUUUACCUUCAUCUUGAAUUAUAAAGUAUGAAGUAUGUUUGAACUUCAUUUUCACAAAUGAAUCUAGGUUAAUCUUACCACAAAAAUACACAUUUCUUUUUUGUUGUUGUUGUUGUUUAAAGCAGAGUCUCACACUUUAGCCCAGGCUGUUCUAGAACUCACUAUGUAGUCCAAGUUGGCUCCGAGUUUAUUGCAAUUGCCCUGCCUCAGUCUCCAGAAUGCUGGGAUUAUAGGCACAUGCCUGGCUUUCCAUUUCCUUUUGAACAGCAGUUGCCCUCCAUCAGUUUAUAAUUGUAUUCCCCUUAGAAAAAACAAUUCACAAUGUAGAAGGCCAAGUCCUCUGAUCCUCCCUCAGAGACCCUGUGGUUUAGAUGUAUUCUCACCUCAUUUAUUCUAUAUAGCAUAGGAAAUAUCAACCUCAGGCCUUAGCAAAAAAUAGAACUAUAUUAUACUCAUUUCUCUAUAGGAAGCUAAAUAAAUACUUAGUUGAUUAGUUUUGCCAGGGAAUUUGAAAUAUAUGGUAUAGGAAAGCAGGCUGUAGAAAAAGAUGAAGCACAUGUUGCCAUAAGAUAGGAAGAUGUUAAGAAAGCUUGAACUCCUACCUAUAGCGAUCUGGAGUGUUGGGAUGUAGCUCAGUGCAGAGCACAUGACUAGCAUGCCCGAGGCUCUGGGUUUCCUCCCAGUCCCCAUCCCUCAGAUGCACGUAGAGAUCCAGAGUGAUUUCAUGUAAAAGGUAUUCUGUGUUGAUAUUUGUUACUAGCCCAGAAAAGUGGUUGCCAAAGGGGCCUCCUUGCCAUUUUGAUAUAACUUAGUUACUACUUGAUCCCUAACAUGUCUGAAUUUAUGGUGAUUUAUCACAUUAAGUUGAGCUAGAAGCUAUCCAUUACCCUAUAUGAUUUUGCCAAAUUGAAAGUAUUGGUAAGAUAGGAGAUAAUCCUAUUUUUAAAUGUUUAAUACAUUUUCAUAUAAUAUUGAAUGUUCUAAAUUUAUCUAAAUUUCUAAAACAUGAAAAUUUAUAGAUGUGUUUACACUUUAGGGCUAUUUUCAGAGCUUCACAUUUUAAAACUAAUUUUUCUGUUUACUAUUUAUUUUUCUUAAAGCAGAUAAGUUCCAGCCUAUAGCUGUAAGGAUUUACCCCUAAGUUGUUUUGGUUUGUGUGUUGGUGUCCUUUGCUGGUUCAGAUGAGUGGUUCCAGAGUCCCUUCACUUUCCUUGCAGUCCGAUCUCUCUGCACUUAAUUCCCUGAUGAGGUCAGUUCGGGUUAUUGGUGCAGCUUUGUUUCAGAUGUGUAGGUUACAAACCUUAAUGUAUUUGCAGAAUGUAAUUUUUUGUUUUAAAUGUUUUGUUUCACAAAAAAAAAAAAUGCUUUUCAAAUACAGUGAAGUAGCCCAGGCUAGCUGCUCCUCUGUCGGGUAUACUUGAUAGCCCAGGCUAGCUGCUCCUGUGUCAGGUGUACUUGACACAACUGCACAAAUGAACAGUGUGCAAAUCUUGUUUGUGCAUUGACUCAGAUGUACAACUUUUGACAUCUGUGUUCACAAAUGCACGUUUUUAAAAUAACCUCUAUUUAUAAAACAAACAACUAAGCCUAAGGAUACAAAGAAACCUGCAUUUGUAGUCCAGAAUUUUCAACUGGUCCAUUAUACCAUGUAUGGAAAUGUGAAAGACAAUUUUGUACAUUUGUUACUAAC